AUCCGUCGAUCCCCAGGUCCCCCUCAAGUUUGAAACUUUUUCUUUUUUUUUUUUUUUUUACAAGUAGGAGGACUCGGGUUACGACAAACUCUUCUCGUAACCGACCUCACAGCAGCCGAGAGAAGAAAACACUCUUUUAAUAAUUCACACGUCUGUGCCUGGUACACGGUUACAGAGCAGAACAGGCGGCGACGAGACGAGGACUUUUUCCUUCUCUUUAUUGUUUUGUUUGUUUUUUACCUUGAGGAGAUCCAACGAGACGAGCAACCAACCCCCUCGCGCCGCGCCUCUUCCCCCGUGCCCUGCCAGGAUGAGGACCUGAGCGGGUGACUCGUCGUCUCGUCGGCUGGCCGCUCCUCUGUGUUCCCAAGACUUGACCAUGGACUCCUUCAGCACCAAGAACUUAGCCCUGCAGGCGCAGAAGAAGCUGAUGAGCAAGAUGGCCACCAAGAGCAUGGCCAACCUCUUCAUCGACGACACCAGCAGUGAAGUGCUGGACGAGCUGUACCGCGUCACCAAGGAGUAUACCCGCAAUCGCAAAGAGUCCCAGAAGAUCAUCAAGAACCUGAUCAAGAUGGUGGUGAAGCUGGGUGUGCUCUACAGGAACAACCAGUUCAACAGUGAGGAGCUGAUCCUGGUGGACAACUUCAGGAAGAAAGUCCACACUCUGGCCAUGACGGCGGUCAGCUUCCACCAGAUCGAGUUCACCUUUGACCGCCGCGUCAUGAGCGCCAUCUUGAACGAGUGUCGUGAACUGCUGCACCAGGCCAUCAAACGCCACCUGACAGCCAAGAGCCACUCGAGAGUAAACCACGUCUUCAAUCAUUUCGCCGACUGUGACUUCCUGGCCGCUCUCUACGGGCCCUCGGAGGUUUACCGUGGCCACCUGCAGAGGAUCUGCAACGGUGUCAACAAGAUGCUCGACGACGGGAACUUCUGACCUCCGUUCGCCUCGUCAUCAGGCACCUUUACCUCUGGUCACCCUUCAUGUACCAUCUUGUCGGAUUUCUUUUCCGAGGUGAAAACCAUGAACAAUUUUAUUUUCCCAUUUGUUGGUUUGUGUUUGUGUGUGCGCCUUUCAGAUAUUACUGUAACACUGAAACUCUCUUGGCUAGUUUACCCAAAGUCUGACUUUCUGUUACUCAACAGUAAAAAACAAACAUUAAUUGCUCUUUGUUUUAAAUGAAUGUAAAACUUUAUGCUCUUCACUAUAUUCAGGGGUAAGAACCUUGACAACUGUGCCUUUUCUUUUUUUUUCUUCAUUCCUCAGGCACUGUGCACUGUGCUCUUACUAGAUCAAAAAGACAUGAAUUCAGGCACAGGCAAAGGAAAGAAAGUGAAUUCCCAUCUUUUCCAAAUACCCAACGGAAAAAAGUGUUGGGUUUUUUUUGUUGGUUUUUUUAGUUUUGUUUUUAUAAAAGUAGUAUUGCACUCAAUCCUGAUCAAGCGCUGUACUGUACUUUCCUGCAACAGUGAAACCAUGUGAAGCAUGGCGGUCGAGUAAUCCUGCUUAGGCUGCAUUUUGAAGCUCUCGCCAUCGUGCACUGAACUCCACUUUGUGGAGAGGCUAGACUUGUGUUAACCUAUAAACACCUAUAAACCCACUUUUCCCUUUAAUAGUCUGGUUUAUAGCCCCAACAACAAAGAUGAAGUAUUUGGGCCAUGAGGGGACCGUAAAGAGGAAGGAAUUUGAUUGUGCUGUGUAUUGUUGAUUGUCCCUGCGCUGACUCGAAUGUUUCAUUGAAUGUCCGCUCAUCUGCUCAGAAGGAGAAAAAAACAUUAAGUUUGUGUCCAUAAAUGUCAUAAUCUCAUGAGCAAGGGAGCGGCACACUGUGGCACCAGGUUCAAAGGUUGCUCCGGCAUUUUAUCAGAUGGAAAUAAAGCAAUGAAUUAGUGGAUGUUGUAGCCAAACGGUCAGCUGAGUUUCAGAUUUAUUGGCGUCGCCUCAGGUUUUUUUCCUAAAAGCACUAAAAACUCCGCUUUGAAAUCUGACAGCUAAUGACGAAAGUGAGCGCCCGUGAGCAGUCGGAUGAAAGGCUGGACCGAAACUGCAGCGCGGCGUCUACGUGGAAAGGGCCCGGGCAGCGUGUGGUUAUUAGAGCAGAGACAAACGCAGCACCUGAUUGUACUCUCCCCCUGCAAUUAUAGCGCCCUUCUCUGGGGUUGUAUAAUGGCCUGGAGCCUGCCUCUGUCGAGGAGUCACUCCAUUUCCCCACACAGCAGCCUCGUGUUAUGCGACGGAGGUAACCAUCUCUUGUUUGCGCGAUGCCGGGGCCUUUGAUGUUGCGUUUCCUUCCUUAUGAAGGAACAUUUGAACAGUUGCUACUAUUGCUCUCCAACCUCACAUAAUAGCAGCCUUUCCUUUUUGUCAGUGUUCGUAUCGCCGGGCCUGUCUGGGAAGACGGUUGUGUGCUGCAGCCUCAUUUUGUAUUCUAUAUGUGCGGGAGUGUUUGUGUGCAUACCUGUGAGAGAAUUGGAAAUUGAGCUGUGUAAUAAGCGCCGUGCACCUCCAGAUAGGAUCGCUGAGACUUCCACUUCAUCCACAGCAGCUCUACCAAAGAAAAGAUGACUGAUGCUACUCAAAGUGCAGCCCUUUUCCCGGAGGAACACAGAAAACUGCGUGCACUUGAUACUUAAAACCCUGCUAAUGAUGAUUUAUGAAGACAAAGGUGGUGGCUGUUGUGGUUUCGAUCUUUUAUUUUUAUUACACCUUUUUUUAAUUGUUAGAGGAUUUCUCUGAGUCUGUCCUUGUUUUUAGACCCAUUUGACUCUGACUGAAUCAUUUCGGAGGCUUUGAGGUAAAUCCUUUUCCUUAAGUCCCUCAAAAGAGUUGACUUUAAUUGUCUUUGGAUGCCAUCUUCUCCAAUCCCCUCCACAUCUCAGGGUUAGUUUAAAUCUCCCUCAUUUCAAAAACCAUGACGAUUGAAAGAUUAGGAACCUCUGCAGCAGCCUCACUUGUUUUACUAAAGCCCUCAAAUGAAGCAAUACUUCUCAUGUUGCAUUUUGUGAAAUGUUUUUAUUCUUCCCUUCUGUACAUAUCAUUGUUUCAGUGUCUUUGUAUUGUAUCCAGACACGACAAAUAUAAUACAAUUUACUUUUUUACAACAAUA